GUGUUGAAGAGCCACGGACAACACUACCUGGUUGGCAACAGGCUCAGCAGGGCUGACAUUCACCUGGUUGAACUUAUCUACUAUAUUGAAGAGAUUGACCCCAGCCUAAUGGCCAACUUCCUGCUGCUGAAGGCCCUGAAAACCAGGAUCAGCAACCUCCCACCUGUGAAGAAGUUUCUGCAGCCCGGCAGUCAGAGGAAGCCUCCUGUAGAUGCGAAAGCAUUAGAAGAAGCCCGGAAGAUUAGCCCUCUAAACUACUAA